CGUAUAAGCAGACCACCCACCACCUUCCGUCCUUCCCAUUUCGGUUUGAGUUUCAAAUCUCUCUGUCUCACGCGCAACGUUAGUGCCGCCCCCCCUCCCUGCGAAACCCUAACCCUAGCCACCACCAGCGUGCUCCCUCCCCCGAUCCUCAUGUCCGAUUCCGAAGCAUCCCCGACGCCCGCGGUUGCGGUUGCGGCUGCGGCAGCGGAGGCGGCGACGGCCGAGAGCUCCCCGUCUCCGGCGAGGAGUGAGGAGCUGCUGCCGGUGGCGGAGAAGAUCUCGGAAUUAAAUGAAUCACAGUCAGAGCUUUUGGGAAGACUUCGAGGUCUUAAGGAGGAUUUGCAGAGCUGGAGAAGCAAUUUAGACACCCAAGUGCAGAAAUACAAAACUGAAAUCUCCGAUAUCAAAACUGCACUUAAUAGUGAGAUAGACCAGCUGAAAUCAGAUUUCCAAGAACUGAGGACCACCCUUAAGAAGCAACAGGAAGAUGUGACUAUUAGCUUGAAGAAUUUGGGGCUAGAAGAUUCUACCGAAACUGAUGGGAACAAAGGAAGUGGGGAGGAAAAUACAAGUGAGGGUGCAUUAGCAAACAUGGGGGACCUGAAACUAGAAGAUUCUGCCGAAACUGAUGGGAACAAAGGAAGUGAGGACGAAAAUACAAGUGAGGGUGCAUUAGCAAACAUGGGGGACCUGAAAUUGGAGGAUAAUCCAGAAAAUAAUGAUGAAAGCAGUGGGGUUGAGGAGGAAAAGAAUCAGGAGGCCCCUGAAGAAGAUGGCAUGGCGGGCAUAGAAGGUACCAAGACGGAAGAUGACACGGCGGGCAAAGAAGAUACCAAGAUGGAAGAUGACACGGCGGGCAUAGAAGGUACCAAGACGGAAGAUGUCAUGGCGGGCAUAGAAGGUACCAAGACGGAAGAUGUCAUGGCGGGCAUAGAAGGUACCAAGACGGAAGAUGACAUGGCGGACAUAGAAGGUACCAAGACGGAGAAUCCAAGCGACGAAUAAAUCAGUGCAUGAACGGAGAGUAGAAAUGGCGCCACUUCUUUGGUGGCCCUGAAGUAGAAACUUAAAGAGCAGUGGUAGAUCGGUUCUUCUACAAGGGACGGCCCAUGCUCUGUGUGAUCAUCUGGUCGUGUAGCGUGGUCUUUCUCGAACGCUGCUGCGACGAGUGGGCUCCAGCACGCAGGAAUUGUUGCAACCUGUUUAACUACUUUAUUAAUGUAAGAGUGUCCGCAUGAAAAUUUCACCGUCUUUGCUUGA